AUGUUUAUAUGGAAAGCUAUUCUGAAUUGUCUACCUACAAGACAAAACCUGUGCAAAAGAAAAGUGUUGUAUGAUCCUCUCUGUGGUAUAUGUGGUCUGGAAGUAGAAACAGUUAACCAUGUUCUGUGGAGUUGUGGGGCAGCAGCAGAUGUUUGGGCUGAUAGUGAAAGUCCAGUUCAGAAAUGGGCUAAAACGGAGGGGAAUUUCAUGGAAACAUGGAUAAGAUUGUCUGAGAAAAUGGGAACUGGUGAGCUAGAAUUAGUAGCUACUAUCAUGAGGAAUAUAGGGAGCAGAAGGAAUAGUUUUGUUUUCGAAGGGAAGUUUCAAGGGCCUUCUGUUUUGUAUAAACAAGCUCAAGAUUGUUUGUCAAGGAUGAGGGAGGCAAAAAUGGAGCUGGGAAAUAGAAGAGAGGGAGGUAAUGUGCAAAGGGAUAUGGGGAGGUGGAGGAAACCGAGAGUCGGCUGGGUAAAAGUGAAUUGGGAUGCAAGUCUCAACCCUGAAUUGAAAAGGAUGGGUAUGAGGAUAAUGGUGAGGGAUGAAAAUGGGGAACUGUUAUUAUAUUUGUGCAACUCUAUUGUAGGAAUUUUUACCCCUGCUGCAGCCGAGAUCCAGGUGCUGUGGAGAGCUCUACAACUAUGUGCUGAUUUGCAGUGGUUAAAUGUCAUCUUUGAGGGAGACGCUUUGGGUAUUAUAUAA